CGCCGACUGACUGCGGCUUCCUCAAACGAUCCGUCGUGAUGAAAGGAACGCUCUGCUGAGCUCGAAAAGAAGGGUGGUCCCAACGCAGCCAAGACCAACAAGGCGGCUGCUCCUCCCGCAGAUGAGAAGGCUGCAGGCAAGGACAUCCCAAAGGAUGACAAGGCCAAGGAAGAGGCCAAGAAAAUGGAGGAGAUGAAGGAAAUGAACCAGUUCCUGGACACUUACGGAGGUCCCUACCUGAGACGAGCUCUUUGGGAAUUCACAAAGCACGACAACCCGGACAGCGGUAUGCUUCGAUUUUUGCGUGCGAGAAAGUGGGAUGUCGACCGUGCGCUUGCCAUGCUUGCAGCCGCUCUCAAGUUCCGCUUCGAAAAGGACGUCGAAGGCAUCGUGGUGAAGGGAGAACAGGGUCUCGAGGCUGUUCCCGGUUUUUUGAAUCAGUUCCGUCGAGGUAUCUCUUACAUCAAGGGCAACAGCGAUGGUGGUCCAGACCAUCCCGGAGAGCACCCCGUCUACUUCAUCCACGUCGCUCGCCACUUUACCAGCGCUCAAAAGCACGAGGUGCUUCAACAAUUCGUUCUGCUUGCAAUGGAGAACGCUCGUCAAUUGACCACUCCCCCCUACGAGAAGGCUGUGGUCAUUUUCGAUAUGGGUGGCUUCGGUCUGAAGAACAUGGACUGGCAAUGUGUGCUUUUCCUGGUCAAGUGUCUUGAAGCCUACUACCCGGAGUCCCUGCAGCGUAUUUACGUGCACUCUGCUCCCUGGAUCUUCAAAGGUAUCUGGCAGGUGCUCCAGCCCAUGCUGGACCCCGUCGUCCGUGACAAGAUCAAAUUCUCGAGCAAGGCUCCAGAGCUUUCUGACUAUGCAUCGACAGCCAAGCUGCGCAAGGGCAUGGGCGGAACAAUGGACUGGGACUGGGACUACAUCGAGCCGGACCCCCGCGAGAAUGAUCUCCUGAAGGACACCAAGACUCAAAAGGCCAUGCAAGACGAGUACGAUGAUCUUGCCAAGCAAUUUGAGGAGGCGACGCGCGAGUGGUAUCAGCAAAGCGACAAUGAUGAUGAGGUUCCGGAACUCACUCAUCGCCGAAUUGUUCUAACCAAGCAAUUGAGACUCAAGGCUCUUCAGAUGAACAAGUACUGCAGAGCUCGCAACGUGUACCAGCGCGCCGGAAUUCUUCACGAUGACGGGUCUUUCGACUGGGAGUACCCUCAGGUCGAUGGUGAGACCAUCAAGCAAAAAUGUGGGGAGCGUCACAGCAUUCCUGCGCUCAAGAAGUGGCUGGAAGAGAACGGCGAAGACACGCUCGAGGACUCUGUCGCCGGCCGUCUCGGCUUCUGCGGCACCGAGGUCGAUGGCGGUAGCAGCAGCCGCAGCAUGAAGAGCGGCAAAAGUGGCAAGAGCAAGAAGGGCGCUGAAGCUGCUGGUGGCGCAGCUGCAGGUGCGGCUGCAGGCGCGGCAGCUGCCAAGGCCUCGACGAAGAAGCCAGCACCCAAGGAGGCCGAGCCUGAAGCAGAGCCAGAACAAGCUCGUCCCGCUCCUUCUCGUCAACCCUCUCAACCGAGCCGCCAGCAAGACCGCACCGAGACUCCCACAGACAAUGGUCGUCAGCAGCAACAGCAGCCACGCGACGAGCAGAGCUACACUGGCGCGGCACUCGGUGCUGUGGGCGGUGCCGCCGCAGCCGCUACGGCAGCCGUGGGCGGUGCCGCUGCCUACGUCACUGGCCGUGGAGAAGACGACUCUAACGGCCAACAGCAGCAGCAGACGCAGCGUCGCAAUGGCAACGCACCUGAGGAGGAUCGCUAUGAAGACGAUGGCCAGGCAGAGGAAGAGGAGGAUGAGGAAGACUUUCAAGAUGACGAGGCAAGCGAUUACAGCGACGAGUCCAUCACACCCGAGACAGCUGUCUUGCCUACCCACAUCCCAAGAAAGUCGCUCACAUCCAGCCAGGUCAAGAUCGACGACAAUGACUGUCGCGAGGAUCUUGCCAUCGUUCGUGAGGCCAUGUCGCUAUUCUUGAACUCUCGCAUGAAAGAGGCUGAGGAGCUCUGCAUCAAGGAUGCCGAGACGCGCCUCUACAAGGCGGUCGGCAUGUCGCUGAUCAACACGGUCAAGGCCAUCAUGACCUUCGAGCCUACGGACUUCGAGAGUGCGAUCUUGUGCUGCAAACACUCCAUGAACAUUGCGUCCCUUCUGCGCAAGAAGCAAGGUACCAUCGGCAAGCUGACUGGCUCGAGCAAGCAGACCAACUACCGCUCCAUGACCCUCGUCCAGCAACACGCUGAGCUUGUUUUCGCAGAGUCUCAGCUGCUCAAGGCCGUUCUUGGUAUCUUCUACGCAGGGGAUGGUAUUGCAUUCAUCAAAAACGCCUUCGGCCUCCGCAACUCCUAUUUCCUCAUUCGCGAGCUGUUCAAGUUUGUGGAGUACUGCGAUGGCGAGGCUGAAGAGGCUCAAAUUCAUGGUCGCCGACCUUCGACCGCUGUCGAUCAAGACUUCAGGUCGGGCGUUUACAUGACCAAUGCAACUUGCUCGCUCAUCCUUUCCAUGCUCCCCGACAAAGCUCUCAAGAUGAUGGAGGGACUCGGCUUCACGGGCGAUCGUCGCUUUGCCCUCGACCUCUACUCUCGCGCAGGUGGAUGGACCAAGUCUCGUCCCCUUCCUACUAUCUCUGCCGACGAGGAGGGUGUCCGUCGCCCACUGUGCGACAUUGCUAUGCUUGUCUACCACCUUGUAAUCUCGUCGUACAUCCCUAUCACAGACGUCGACUUUGAGUUUGCCGACAAGGUGCUGAGCUGGAACUUGGUGCGCUACCCCAACGGAAUCUUCUUCCUCUACUUCUCCGCGCGUCUAUACGCAGCGCAAGCCCUGCCAGAGAAGGCCAUCGAGUACUUCCGUAACGCUAUCGAGUCUCAGCGCGAGUACAAGCAGCUGCACCACCUCUGCUUCUGGGACCUGUCUUUGACCUACCUGGCCACUUGCGACUUUGCUCGCUGCUUCGAGUGCCAAGACGUGCUUUCGCGCGAGUCCAACUGGUCGAAGGCCAUCUACCAGUACGCAAAAGCAGUCAUGCUGUACGAGUCCGGCAUGGAUGACCGCGCCAAGAGCGCUACGAUCAUGCGCACGGUCGCCAAGCUCACCAAGAAGGUGGCCGGACGUCAAAUUCCGUUUGAGCGUUUCUGCUCGAUGAAGGCGCGCAAGUAUGUCGCCCAGAACAAUCGCUUGCCUCUGGCUGGUAUCGAGUUCUCGUAUCUCUGGCACUGCAUUGGACAAACUCCUGUCUUCUUGCUCGUUGAGAACACUCUCAGCCGUAUCGACUCGGAGAUCGACGACCUUGAGAGCUACGCUGAUCCCCGCGCGUACGGCAAUGGCGAGAAUGAGUACUGGUCAGCGUACUGCUUGGCCUUCUUCUUGCGCGGUGUUGCCCUCAAGAAUGUCGCGUUCCCCGAACCCCACACGCUGGUGCGAUUGCCUUCUGAGGACUCCAUCGGUCCUCUCGAAGAGAUCACGCAAGAUGCGGUGCAAUCGUUCGAGAAGGUCAUCGAAAACUCCGGCAAGCUUGACGAGACCGAUAGGUACCUGUGCUACUUCGCUCACUACGAGCUUGGCCGCCUUCUGGCCUGCAUGGGCAAGGAGGAAGCAGCGAAGAAGGAGAUCAAGAAGGUUCUCUCCGGCAAGCCACUCGAGGCCAAGGGCAAGGGCGGUUUGAACCCGAAGGCAAGCUACCUUCUGUCCAACAUGUGCAUGGUCCGUGCACACGCUGCGCUGGAGACGAUGCGCAUUCAAAAGAAUCGCUCCCGCGGUUCUUUCUUCGCUGCUUCUGAUGCCGGUACGCUGGCUUCUGGCAGCUCUAUUGGCGGCAGCCUUUCCAGCCGCAACUCGGUGGUGAGCUCCCAAACAUCUCGCAGCUCUGCCGUGUCUCGCGCCACCUCUAUGUCCAGUCGCUCGACUACCGGCGAUGCUGUCACCAAGAAUGGCCUGACCAACGGCCGAUCCCGUCAACAAAGCGUAGGCACCGACUACAGCCGAUGAUGCCACGCAGCAAAACGUUACCCAGAUUCAGAAUCGAGCCUGUUUAUCUCACGUUCUUCCCAUUGGCUACCAACACUUCUCCCGACUCACCUGGCUUGCAUCUCGGCCUGGGCUUCUGCCUAGCCAGGAGCCCUUUCGCCCGUGCUCGGUCUGCUCUUCGCUU